CGGAUGUGGGACAACUACUCCCAACAGCUGCAGCCGCUGCUCUGCAUGCCUUCACGCCCUCUCAACUUCUGCCAUGGAAAAGCCUCUGCUUCCAGCUCGUCUCUAAUCCUCUGAAGGGAAACGGGCAUGCAUCAGCGCAAGUGGGGAUCUAGGCUAUCACAUCUUUUACGUCAGCAUCUCACAGUCUGAGGAAACAUGGUGAGCAAGGAGGGAGGCAAAUGCAUGCUCAUCAACUCAGAGUCCGACUCAGAGGCACCGCCUUUGCCCUCCACCUCGCUAGCACUGGAGUAUUCCCUGGAAGCAAGUCGACAGGUGAGAAAGAGAAACAAAGCCUUGCAAGUGCGCUUCAAGGAUAUCUGCGAGGCACAGAACGAGCAGAGGGAGGCUGAGCUGCAGGCGGCAGGGAAAGGUGGCAAACCCAUGUCAUACAAAGUGGCGUACCGCAAGUACAUGACCGUCCCCGCCCGCAGAUCCAUUCCGAAUGUCACCAGGAGUACGGGCGUCCAAACGUCCCCAGACUUGAAGAAACGUUACCAGACGUUUCCCUUUGAGCGCAAAAAAGGCCACACAUUUAAACAUGUGGCAGCUGUGGAAACAUAUAAAGGUCAGAAUAAUGGCUUUGUCAUGGAGGCAAAGCAAUCUAAAGCGGCUGAGCAGGGUUUAGACGACGAGGAGGAGGAGGGAGUAACAAGGGGGAGAGGAGUACUGAGGACCAGGGCUCUGCUCCAUACUAAUGAGUGCAUUGCAACAGUGGAGCAGCACAGUGCCCCUGAUGGCCUGUGCUCUGACGGUCUGAUGCUUAGUUGCACUGCAGACACAGAUUGUCUUGCAGGUACGCCAAGAGGAAGUGGAGCAGGAACACAAGGCGAGUACCAGCUCUGCAGCGUCCAGUCCAAAGCCGGAACUGGAUUACAACACUCAGAGUCUGACAUAGACCGCCUAGGCAAAAGGCAACUGCUCAAUUUGGAGGAAGGCUCUUCUCGAACUCUCCCAGACCGAGCGUCCAAGGUUACAGGGCCCAUCGCCUGGAACUCUCUCACACAGGUGGAGUGUCUGGAUAGUCCCUCUGCUCAGAGCAAGCGGAAGAAAGGCCUACAACUAAACGGGCUGUCGAGUGAGACGCUACCACGAGCCAGCAGGGGCUGUACGUCGCAGGCGCAGUGCAGUACAGGACAGCUUUCAGCCCGGCCUAUACGGGGCAUGGAGGAGCCUCUGUCUGGCUGCACAAGUGGUCAUGCUGACGGGGCCUCGUCUCACCAAACACAAGAAACCUGCAAGCAAAUAGUGCCUGUAAACCAGGAUGGGGAUGUAAAAGCACAGCUUCAAGCCAUGGAAAACCUCAUCAGCUCCAGCCAAGAGACCAUCAAGGUGCUGCUGGGGGUCAUCCAGGAACUGGAGAAGGGAGAGGCGCACAGAGAAGGACUCUCCUAUCGAACCGGGCAGGACACCGCCAACUGUGACACAUGCCGGAACAGCGCAUGCAUUAUUUACAGUGUUGAAUUGGACUUCAAGCUGCAGGAGGACAAGCUCCAGCCACUGAUGAAAAGACUUUGUCCACCAACAGACUCCCACUUCCCUCCCCUGCCUUAUCCCCAGGAGGCCUUUACCUCCACCCCAAAACGAAAGUCUAAAGCUGAAUCCAAGAAGCAUGCCCGCUGGAAACUUUGGUUCCUGUGAGAGAUACAAGUCCCUCUCCAACUGACACAGGAUUUAAAUGAAUCACUAUUUGGGUUUUACCACCUGCAGGAUUUUAUAAACCUGGUGGGCACCUUCAGUGGAGAUCCCUGGAAACACCAAGGUGGCAGGAAGAGAGAUAGAAGCGUUGACGGCAUGGAUGAUUCUUUUUCAACGAAAAUGGAAUAAGUCAUACCUUUGCCUAAUUUCCUGAAACAACAGCAGGGAAACAUUUUCAGAGAUCAGCAAAGAAAGGAGACGGAUUUACUUGCUACUAUCCCUUGGCUUCUAUUUUUUCUAACUGAUAGAGACCUGCUUCUGUCUCAUGUUGACGGAGAAACUUUCGCCAUAUUUCUGUUUAGCUGUUUGGGCUGUUCUCUUUCUUCUCAGCCUCCAGGAGACGCUGGCCGCUCAAGGCUGACGUUCCAAGGCCUCCAUAAACAGCAUAUCAUUGUACUUCGAAGCACAAUUUAUACUUUUCAGGAUUCCAUACCUCUAAAAAUAAGCAGACUAAUUUCAUCAGCUCUCACCAACUAUCCAGGAUGGCAUACGGAUUCUGAUUUUCAAAAGACUAAGAAAAUACAUCAGAGAGGGUUUUUUCCCCCAGAGUAUAAACCUUUUCCAUGACAAAAUGUGUCAUAACAUCAUCGGACAUCUGAGAAAAUAAUGAAUAAAUGACACUUAUUUUCUUAAUAACAAUGGUAAAUUAAAUGUCACUCUACUUUUUUUCUAUAUAAAUAUAUAUAUCUAUGUAUACACUCACAUUAAGGUUAAGAGAAUUCUAUUUAUUUGAACUAAAGACAAAGGUAGGCUGUGUAGUACAACUACAUUUAAAAGCGUCAUCUAUUUUCUUUCUUUUUACUGCACCCAAUAUAGUUUUAGUAUGCUCAUGGCGCACUGAGUCACUGAACCACAAGAAUAGAUGGAAACCAGUUCAGGUCUUUGGUAUAUAUACAGCCCUGAUUGGCUUGAACAUCAUUCAUUUGGAGCUUUUUGGUGCAUUUGAACUUUUUCUUUUCCCAGGGUGAAAAGGUCUAUGAGCAAUAGGGAUGGAACGGAUUAUGAAAACCGUCCGAACCGUUCGGUUCGACUGUCUCGGUUCGAUUCUCGUGUGUUGCGUUCGGUUCAUGUGCUGCUCCUUUUUCUCAUAGGUGAAGCGUGUACA